AUGUCUUCCUUUAAGUCCUAUGGAAAAGUUAAUGAACUUGAUCAAAUGAUGCUAGAAGCAAAGCGAAAAACCCGAAAGAGAAUCACAAUCAUAAGCUUAUCUUCAAUAAUCUUAGUUACUAUUGUAAUUGCAUCAGUAUUUGGAGUUGUUAGCAACAAAAACAACUCGAAAAACGAUGAUAACAAUAACGCGUCACAAAAUACCGUGACGAAUUCUAUGAAAGCUGUUUGUGAUGUGACAUUGUACAAGGAUUCAUGUUAUGACAGCCUUAGUUCUGUUGUGAACUCAUCAGGGAAAGAUAUUCAACCUGAGGAGUUGUUUAAGUUGUCAAUCAAUGUGGCUUUGACUUAUGUGUCUAAAGCUGUUGAGUAUUUCAAUGAGCAUGGUGUUUUCGAAAAGUUGAUGGGUGAUAAUGAUAGUAGAAGUAAGGAAGCUUUGAGAAAUUGUAAGGAUCUUUUCGAACUUGCUGUUGAUCAUUUGAAUAACUCGUUGAUUAUGUCAGAAGAAAAUUCUUCAGUUCUUCGAGUUUUUGAUGAUCUUCAAACAUGGUUAAGCGCCGCAGGAACAUACCAAGAAACAUGCAUUGAAGGUUUUGAGGAUGGAAAAGAAGAGCUUAAGACUUGUGUUACAAGCUAUCUUAAAAAUUCGACAGAGUACACGAGCAAUAGUCUUGCGAUAAUUACAUGGAUUAACAAGGUUGCGAGCACUCUAAAUUUGAGGCGUUUACUAAGUUUACCUAACGAAAACGAGCCACCGAAAUGGUUUCAUGCAAAAGAUAGGAAGCUGCUUGUUACAAAGGAUUUGAGAUCAAAAGCUGAUAUUGUUGUUGCUAAAGAUGGUAGUGGAAAAUAUAGGACUAUAUCUGAUGCACUUAAACAUGUUCCUAAUAAGAGUAAGAAGAGGAUUGUGAUUUAUGUGAAGAAAGGGAUUUACUAUGAAAAUGUGAGAGUUGAGAAAACAAAAUGGAAUGUUAUGAUUAUUGGUGAUGGUAUGACUUCUUCAGUUGUUUCUGGUAGGCUUAACUUUGUAGAUGGUACGCCGACUUUUUCAUCUGCAACAUUUGCUGUGUUUGGGAAGAAUUUUAUAGCUAGAGACAUGGGUUUUCGCAACACGGCCGGUCCACAGAAGCAUCAAGCAGUGGCACUAAUGACAAGUGCUGAUCAAGCAGUUUACUAUAAGUGUCACAUUGAUGCAUAUCAAGACACUCUUUACGCUCAUUCGAAUCGCCAAUUCUAUAGAGAAUGCAACAUUUACGGAACAGUCGAUUUCAUUUUCGGAAACUCAGCAGUUGUGAUACAAAACUGCAACAUUAGGCCAAAGUUACCUAUGCAUGGGCAACAGAUCACAAUCACAGCACAGGGUAAAACUGACCCUAACAUGAACACAGGUAUAUCAAUUCAAUAUUGCAACAUUUCGCCUUUCGGAAACUUGAGUGAUGUUCAGACGUACCUCGGAAGACCGUGGAAGAAUUACUCGACAACGGUAUACAUGAGAUCGAGAAUGGAAGGUUUUGUUAGUCCAAAUGGUUGGUUACCUUGGGUUGGAAACUCGGCGCCAGAUACUAUUUUUUAUGCAGAAUUUCAAAAUGUUGGAGCAGGUUCUUCAACAAAGAAUAGAGUGAAAUGGAAGGGUUUGAAAAAUAUUAGUAUUAAAGAAGCUAGUAAGUUUUCUGUUAAGAGUUUUAUUCAAGGUGAUAGAUGGAUUCCUGCUUCAAAUGCAUCUUUUAAGUCUAACAUAUGA